AUGUGCAUACUAAUGGCAACGAGAGCGCACCCCGAUUAUGAGCUCAUAUUAAUAUCAAAUAGAGAUGAAUUCUUGGAAAGAAAAACACACGCCACAUGCUGGCACAACAAUGAUUUCAUCCUUUCACCCUACGAUGUGGCCAAGACAUCGGUGGAAAAACAAAUUUUUGGCACCUGGUCGGGCAUAAAUAAAGAAGGGAAGCUAGCUACGAUCCUUAAUCUGAAGCAGGACGAUCAGCGAGAUCCCACGAAAUCCAAAUCUCGCGGCAUGUUACCAUUUUCCUUUUUAACGAGUCGUAAAGCAAGUUUUCAAGAUUGGGACGAUUAUAACAAAUUCGAAAAGCAUUAUGACGGUUUAAGGGCUACAGGUGACUUUAACUUCUUCUAUGGUGAUGUUAUUGAGAAACGGUAUAAAGUUAUUGAUUCCUUAGGAAAUACUUUCACUGUAUUAGGCUCCACCUGCAGACGAGAUCCUGAUUCUUACAUGGUAAUUUCUAAUGGUAAGUUUCACAAUAGUUCCAGUAUAUCAGAGCAAGCCUGGGAGAAAGUAAAGAUUGGGCGUGAUAGUUUGGAGACAUUAAUUCAAGAAAAUAUUGAAUCAGAUGAGGAAACGUUGGUAUCAAGUUGUUUUCAACUCGCUUCAAAGUGUUCUCUUCCAGAUACCACUUCAAAGCCGGAUCUUUUACAGAUGCUUGUGGACCCAAACGUAACAAUGAACACCAUAUAUGUGCCGCCUUUACGGAGGCCCCCAGGCGAUGAUUUGGGCGCGUCUAUACCCGAUGGCGACUACUACGGAACACGAUCUCAAAUAGUGCUGCUUGUAAGUAAGAACUCAUCUAAGGUUACCUUUAUUGAGAGAAUACUUUAUAGCUCAGAUGAAGACGUGAGUCACUACUCAGCAUCUGCUCCAAAGGAAGAGAAAAGAUUUGAAUUUGAAUUGUAA